AUGUGGAUGAAUUGUGAAUUAGGAUUUUUAUUACUAUCUAUAGUAAUAGUUUUGCCAAUGAUAGGAUUGACAUUAUGGUGGUGGAAUGAGAUAUGGUAUGGAGAAAAUGUGGGAGUUUACAGAACCUAUUUAUAUGGGUCUCCAAGCAUCAUAGCAUGCUCUCCUGCUCUUUGCAAACUGGUUCUUAAUUCAAGCGAUGUAUUCAAACAAGAUUGGCCCACCGCUGAAGUUUUGGGAACUAAUUCUGUAAUAACACUGCAAGGCCCACGCCAUGGUGUUAUCAAGAGUUUUAUUGUGAAUUCUAUUAACCGCCCUGAUUCUCUUGCUCGGUUUUUGCUCCAAGUCCAGCCCACUAUUGUUGAGGCCCUUCAACUUUGGUCACAAAAGCCCAAAAUCGUAGCUAUUAGCCAAUUGCAGAAGGUUACACUUGGGUACACUAUGAGGUAUUUUUCUGGUUUUGAGGCUAGCACUGAUCAAAUAGAUGUUCUUGAGAAAUUAUUUGAAGGUGUCAAUCAUGGAAUGCGAGCCCUACCAUGGAAUUUCCCGGGAACAGCCUAUCAUCAUGCCCUCAAGUUAUACUAUUUCUUAAUGCAUUGUCGGAAGAAGAUUACCAAGAAACUGAAGGAGGAGCUAGAGAAAAGGAGGCAAAAUGACAAUAGUGAAGGACGAUCACAAAGUACAAGUGAUUUAAUGGAUGGAUUGAUGCAUAUGAAGGAUAAAGAAGGGAGACAAUUAAGUGAGGAAGAAGUGUUGGAUAAUGUUGUGAGCACUAUCCACAUUGGUCAUGCUUCAAUUGCUGCUGUAACAACAUGGUCUCUCUACUUUUUAGCCAAGUACCCCCAUGUUCUCCAAAAGCUUCGGGAAGAGAACAGGGAUAUAUCACGAGAGAAAAAUGGCGGGCACAUAACAUAUGAAGAUAUUAUGAAGCUUAAGUAUACAAACAAGGUCAUAGAAGAAACAAUUAGAAUGGCAAAUUCUUCCAGCUUCGUUUUCAGGAAAGCCACUGAUGAUAUUGAAUUUAAAGGUUACAUGAUACCAAAAGGUUGGAGUGUUAUUGUAUGGCUAAGAUACCUUCAUACUGAUCCUUCAAAUUUCGAGGACCCCAUGUCUUUUAAUCCAGAUAGAUGGGAUUCGUCGUGUGUCAUCCCAACUCAUGCUACGGUUGCGCUGGCUGCUUCACGAAUCGAUGUAACGGGGAUUACCAUUGGUUUGCUAGUUAUAUGA